AUGGAAAAAAUAUACGUCAAAAUAUAUGAAUUGUCUGGAUUAGAAGAUAAGGAUAAUUUUGCAUGUUAUAUAAAAAUAUACUGGCAGAAUAAGAAAUAUAAAAGUUGUAUACUUCAAAAGAAUCCAUAUAAAUUUAAUGAAAUCUUUUUAUUACCUAUAGACAUAAAAAAUAUUGCUAAAGAUGAAAAAAAUAAUAUUUUGUCUAUUGAAGUAUGGUCCAGUGGCAUAUUAAAUAAUAAAAUAGCCUAUACCUUUUUUGAGCUUGAUCAUAUUAGAAGAGAAAGAAUAUCAAGUGAAAAGAUUAAUUUGAUUGAUGUUGUAAAAAAAUGUACACUGCAAUUAUCUGUUCAUAUAAUUAAUAAUAAUCAUGAUAUCAUAUUUUGUAAUAUAAAAGAUAUAUUUCGUAAUAAUAUAAAUGAUAAAGAAAUACAGGAUGCCAUAAUAAAAUAUGGAGGUAAUCAAAAGGAUAUAAUUAAGGAACUUCAAAAAAAAAAAAACAGGGAAAUUAAAGAAUAUAAUAAUAUAUAUUUUAAUGACCAUGCAAAUGUUCAUAAUACUGUUCCAUCUCAGAAUUAUUUAUAUAAUGAUAUGCAUAAAAUUAUGCCAAAUAAUAUAUAUAAUAAUAUGAAUAAUGAACAAAUAAAUCAUACAUAUUUAAAAGUACCUAAUAGUUUAUAUAAUAGCACAAACACACAUUAUUCAUCUAAUACACAUUAUACGACUUAUAUGAACAAUUCACCUACUUAUAAAAAUUCAAAUAAUAUGAAUCACGUAACAAAUUUAUAUCCAUCCAAUGAUUUAGAAAAUUCAAAUCAUUUUAAACCUCAUAGUAAUGAAUAUAACAUGAUAAAUUAUGAUAACAAUAAUUGUAUAUAUCCUCAAAAUCAUACAAAUAUAUAUAAUAGAGCAUCUCCUUAUAGUGAAAAAAUUUUAUAUUUUUCUCCAUCUAAUCAAAAGAAAGCAUUACUUAUUGGUAUAAAUUAUUAUGGAACCAAAUAUGAAUUAAAUGGUUGUACAAAUGAUACACUGAGAAUGAAAGAUUUGUUGGUAAGAAAAUAUCAAUUUUAUGAUUCCUCAAAUAAUAUAGUAAGACUGAUUGAUAAUGAAGCAAAUCCAAAUUAUAGACCUACAAGAAGAAAUAUUUUAUCAGCUCUUAUGUGGUUAACUAGAGAUAAUAAAUCAGGAGAUAUUUUAUUCUUCCUUUUUUCAGGACAUGGUUCACAACAAAAAGAUCAUAUGCAUAUAGAAGAAGAUGGUUAUAAUGAAACUAUUCUACCUUCCGAUUUUGAAACAGAAGGUGUAAUUAUUGAUGAUGAGUUACAUAAAUAUUUAAUUCAACCCUUAAAUGAAGGAGUAAAAUUAAUAGCUGUUGUAGAUAGUUGUAAUUCUGGAAGUAGUAUUGAUUUAGCAUAUAAAUAUAAGUUAAAAUCAAAAAAAUGGAAAGAAGACAAGAAUCCAUUCCAUGUAAUUUGUGAUGUUACACAAUUUAGUGGGUGUAAAGAUAAGGAAGCUUCUUAUGAAGUUAACACUGGACAUAUUGCACCAGGUGGAUCAUUAGUUACAGCUAUGGUACAAAUUUUAACAAAUAAUAUGAUUACACCUUCAUUAAUAACUUAUGAAUAUUUAUUACAUAAUAUACAUGCUCAUGUCAAACAAUAUAGUAAUCAAACUGUUACUUUUAUGUCAUCUCAAAAAUUUAACAUGGAUAGAGUAUUCGAUUUUCAACAUAUAAUUAAGAACAAAAAUAUGCACCUCGGGCAAAUAAUUAAUAAAUAUAUAGAAAAAAAUAAAAGCAAAAAUAAAAAUAAGUUAAAGCAUGAACUAAAAAAUUUAUUUUUUUCAUAA